AGCACCUCUAACAUACCCCACAGCCCCGACAUCGUUCCGCACUCUGCGACCGUAUAUUUUGAGCGCGGGGCCCCAAUUGGCACUGGAAGCACGCUGAUAUCAACCGCUUGAUUGCUGUCGCGGCUUCCGCUCCUCCUCGAAAAUGGUGUCUCCUACGGGCCCCGAAAUGGUGCAGGGAGUCUACAUCCCCUCCGCGCUGCUCCUGGUGGGAACGGCGAUUGUGAAGAAGGAAUGGCUACCAUUCGCUGUGGUGCUCGCCGCGGUGUUGGGAGGCUGGAAGGUCUUCAGCAAUGCUCCCCGCAAAGUGCUCAAGCCCAACGACUUCCAGCAAUUCGAGCUGAAGGAGAAGACGAUCCUCUCACAUAAUACCGCAAUCUACCGCUUCAAGCUCCCGCGAGCCACCGACAUCCUCGGCCUCCCCAUCGGCCAGCACAUCUCCCUCGCCGCCACCAUAGCCGGCCAGCCGAAAGAAGUCGUCCGCUCCUACACCCCGAUAUCCUCCGACGAAGACAAGGGUUACUUCGACCUCCUCAUCAAAUCAUACCCCACCGGCAACAUCUCCAAGCAUGUCGCGGGACUCAUGGUCGGCCAGACAAUGAAGGUCAAGGGACCCAAGGGCGCUAUGGUAUAUAACCCGAAUAUGGUCAGGCAUUUUGGCAUGAUUGCUGGGGGUACUGGCAUCACGCCCAUGCUGCAGAUUAUCAAGGCCAUUAUCCGCGGACGAGAGGCGGGCGAUGCAACCGAGGUGGAUCUGCUUUUCGCAAACGUCAACCCGGAAGACAUCCUGCUGAAGGAGGACCUGGAUACACUUGCAGCGAAGGAUCCUAAGUUCAGGGUGCACUACGUGCUCAACAACCCGCCUGACAAGUGGGACGGCGGCGUUGGCUUCGUUACAGCUGACCUGAUUAAGACGAAGCUUCCUGCUCCUGCGAAGGACGUCAAGAUCCUCGUUUGCGGUCCUCCGCCUAUGGUCUCUGCUAUGAAGAAGGCAACUGAGAGCCUGGGCUAUACAAAGGCACGCCCCGUCAGCAAGCUCGAGGACCAGGUCUUCUGCUUCUAAGCGUUAGGCAGUUGUGGCGAACUGAGAAGGAGAUCUGGGGUUCCCGCUUCGGCUGUAAAGAGAUAAAGAGGUGCCCUCAAAUCAUAUGUCGACGGCAUAAAACUUAGACUUCUGGUACGUUUGGUUUGCUACGGUAAAGGCUGCAUGGAAUGCGCCGGUUCCAGCAUCAUAGCGAAAUACCAUUUAUAAUUCAUGAAAUGUAUU